AUGAUGAGCCUCUUGUUUGGCUGUUGUCGUCUCUGUCUGGUUUGGCUAUGCGUGGUGGUAGCACCAUCAAGUGUUCAAGGGCAAGAUGAUUUGACCUUGUCCAACCAAGCGGCCAAUGCCUAUGAAGAACCGUUGCCCUACACGUACGUUUCUCCCUCGGAACUACCUCGCUCCUUCUCGUGGGGAAAUAUCCAUGGGAGAUCUUACUUGACGAGAACGUUGAAUCAGCAUCUUCCCCAGUACUGCGGCUCUUGUUGGGCCCAUUCCUCGAUGAGUGCCUUGGCGGAUCGCAUCAAGAUUCAACGGGCUGUGAGAGGAAACUCUGGCUGGAACACCACAACCGACUUUCUGCUGUACGGCAAGGAGAACAAAGAGAGUGCAGCUAAAAGAAGAACGAAGGCCACCAAUUCUCGUGCAUUAUCGUUGCCAUCAGAGGCAGAUGAAAUCAACUUGUCGGUCCAAUUCCUGUUGAAUUGUGGCAAUCUGGUAGCCGGAAGCUGUCGAGGUGGAUCCUCUGCCGGUGCUUAUCAGUUCAUCAAGGAAUUUGGGUUCGUCCCUUUUGAUACCUGCCAAUCUUACAUUGCAUGUUCCUCGGAUUCCACCGAGGGCUUUUGUCCCCACGUGGAUACGUCCUGUUCCCCACGGAAUAUCUGUCGGACUUGCCAUCAUGGUAACAAUCAAACUUGUCGUGCCAUUGAACCUCCCUGGAUUCCCAAUGCCACAGUCCACGAAUACGGAACGUACCACCACUCCAACGAUUAUUGGUCGCAUUAUAUCGGUACUACCAAUGGUCACGUAUCCAAUGUGACUGUCAUCAUGGCGGAAAUCUAUGCUCGAGGACCGGUCAAGGCAUCGAUCAAUGCGCUGGGAAUCGUGGACUAUGAGGGUGGUAUUCUCACCAAUCAAUCCAAAUACUCCCUCAACCGGACUCACAAUCACGGAGUGUCACUUGUGGGAUGGGGACGACAAGAAGAAGGCAUGCCAUAUUGGAUUAUUCGCAAUUCGUGGGGUCAGUAUUGGGGCGAACUGUCGUUUUUUCGAUUGCAGUUGGGACAGAACUUGAUGGGUAUUGAAAGCAACAUUGCGUGGGCUACUCCAGGGCCAUUUACUGGUGAAUAG